AAAACUGGGUUGAAUGAGGAUGCAGACAUCUGUUCGGGUCGUUUGACCAUCGAAGGUCGAGUGGUGAAGAGAGCUGAUUGUCGUCCACCACAAUCAGCCGAUUAUAUGCGAAUGAAAAUAAAACAGAUUGAGAGAAGCAGCCAGCCGAAACGCUAUGUGAAACAGAUGGAGAAAGCAGAAGUGAAAUUCAAGCCGAUUGCAGCUCAUGCUGAAAUGGCUGCUAGAGAAAAGCAGAAGAAGGAAGGAGCCAAAACUGUACGUGCUGAUAAAGACAUCGUUCGUCAAGCUAUCUUCCAUGCCUUCGAGAAACACCAAUAUUACCGGCUUAUCGAUUUGCAGAAGCUUACCAAUCAGCCACCAGGAUUUGUAAAAGAAAUAUUGACGGAAAUUGCUGUUUACAAUACAAUGCCGCCGCACAAGUCGAUGUGGGAAUUGAAGCCUGAAUACAGAAACUAUGGUAGUAAUUAUAAGAAAGAACCAACUGUUUAA